GCCCUGGGGACGUUGUAUGUGUGGGCCUGCCGCUCGCGUCACCAGUCGGCGACUGAGCCUUGGCUGUGGUGGCUGAGGCGGCGAAGGCGGCAGCGGCGGCGACAGCUCUGGGGUUUGCGUCUCGGGGUGUGUCGGCCGCCGCUGCUGCUUCGGCUUGGUAUGUACAAAUGGCUGGUUAGGAUUCUCGGCACCAUUUUCCGCUUCUGCGACCGGUCGGUGCCCCCUGCCCGGGCCCUGCUGAAGCGACGGCGCUCGAACAGCACUCUGUUUUCUACAGUGGACACUGAUGAAAUACCAGCCAAAAGACCAAGAUUAGAUUGCUUUAUUCACCAAGUGAAAAACAGUCUCUACAAUGCUGCCAGCUUGUUUGGAUUCCCAUUCCAGCUGACCACAAAGCCCAUGGUAGCUUCUGUAGCUCCUGCUUGUAACGGAACACGGAAUGCAGCUCCUUCAGGAGAGGUAUUUUCGAACUCUUCAUCUUGUGAACUGACAGGUUCCGGAUCCUGGAACAACAUGCUGAAACUGGGUAAUAAAUCUCCUAAUGGAAUAAGUGAUUAUCCAAAGAUCAGAGUGACAGUAACUCGAGAUCAGCCUCGCAGAGUCCUGCCUUCCUUUGGGUUUACUUUGAACUCAGACGGCUAUAAUAGAAGACCAGGUGGCCGCCGCCAUAGCAAAGGCAAUCCAGAGAGUUCCUUAAUGUGGAAACCUCAGGAACAGGUUGUAACAGAGAUGAUUAUUGAAGAGGGUGGCAAGGGUCUGAGGCGUCCCCAUUGUACUGUGGAGGAGUCUUUGCUUUUUGUGUUUCUAAGUUCUCAAAGAUGUCACAUGGAUACAUUAAAGACCAAAGGCUGGGGGGAAGAGCAAAGUCAUGGAGUCAGAACAACUCAGUUUGUUCCAAAACAAUAUAGAGCUGCUGAAACAAGGGGACCUCUAUGUCCAAUGAGGAGUGAAAAGAGGUGUUCAAAGGGUAGAAUUUCAGAUAUAGAGAAGACAGUUGGAAUUAGACUUGAAAAUGAAGGUAGGAGGGGACACCAGCUGGAACCUGACCUGUCCGAAGAAGUGUCAGCCCGACUCCGCCUGGGCAGUGGGAGCAAUGGCUUAUUCAGGAGGAAAAUGUCAACACUUGAGACAAAAGAAAAAAAUUGCUCAGGCAAAGAGAGAGAUAAAAGAACAGAUGAUCUUCUUGAGCUUACAGAGGACAUGGAAAAGGAAAUCAGUAACGCCCUGGGCCAUGGCCCACAGGAUGAGAUCCUAAGUAGUGCUUUCAAAUUGCGCAUCACUCGAGGGGACAUCCAGACCCUGAGGAACUUUCACUGGCUCAAUGAUGAAGUCAUUAAUUUUUACAUGAAUCUUCUCGUGGAAAGAAAUAAAAAACAAGGCUAUCCAGUACUUCAUGCAUUCAGUACUUUCUUCUAUCCCAAAUUAAAGUCUGGGGGUUACCAAGCAGUGAAAAGAUGGACCAAAGGGGUCAAUCUCUUUGAACAGGAACUAAUUCUGGUGCCUAUUCAUCGGAAGGUACAUUGGAGCCUGGUGGUGAUAGACCUAAGAAAAAGGUGUCUUAAAUAUCUGGAUUCUAUGGGACAGAAGGGCAACAGGAUCUGUGAAAUUCUCCUUCAGUAUUUGCAGGAUGAAAGUAAGACCAAAAGAAAUGUUGAUCUGAAUCUUUUAGAGUGGACGCACUACAGCAUGAAGCCACAUGAGAUUCCUCAACAGUUGAAUGGGAGUGAUUGUGGAAUGUUUACUUGUAAAUAUGCAGAUUAUAUGUCUAGGGACAAACCUAUCACAUUUACUCAGCACCAGAUGCCUCUCUUCCGGAAGAAGAUGGUGUGGGAAAUCCUUCAUCAGCAGUUGCUGUGAGAAUGCCUGGCCCAGUCCCUUAGCUGCUGGUGGUUCUUUCAUGGACAAACGUUUUCAUAUACCUCAUGCAUUGUGGGUUUAAAAGUCCCUGCAUCGCCUGUUCUCUCACAGGUACUGAGCUGUCAGACAUGCAUGAAGGCCCUGCACCCUAGUGUCCUGACUUGGUAUGCAGAGGGCUGCUUGCAACCUGUUUGUAAGACUGUGCCUGCUCAGAGCCUGGACUAUUCAACCCACAUAGGAACAAACGCUAAUUAAUACUUUUUUUAAAAAGAUUUUCCCCCCCCUGUGAAUGUGGAAAAUGCAGGAUUUAUUCUAUGAGCUGUUGUUUUCUGUGUUUGUUCACAUGUAUUCAUUUGCUCACUCAUUUGCAUACAUAAUGGGCAGUGGCUGUUUUCUGCUGCUCUUUUACAGUUAACUGAAUUGUUUGAACUAUUUAUUUCUGAAAAGACUGUUAAUCAAGCUGCCAUUCCCUGCUGAAGAUGUAGCGGGAAAGCAGUGGGGGUGGGAGGAAGGAAGUGUUAGUUGACUUCUCUGACAUUGGAGCAGUAACUGCCAACUUGAAGCGGGAGGUCUUUUUUUUUUUUUUUUUUUUUUUUUUGAGGUUUGAAAAUGCCAGGAGAAGCGCUGGGGUGUAGGGCUCUGAUUGCCUUUCAGGGAAGGCAGAGACUCCGGCACCAGCAUGGUGUCGGGAAAGUGGGACUGUGGCCAAGGGAUUUUGGCUGCCCAGGCAUCUUCCGAAGACUGUAAUGGUCUAGAGCAGUGGUUCUCAACCUUCUGGCCCUUUAAAUACAGUUCCUCAUGUUGUGACCCACCCAUAAAAUUAUUUUCGUUGCUACUUCAUAACUGUAAUGUUGCUACUGUUAUGAAACAUAAUGUAAAUAUCUGAUAUGCGGAUGGUCUUAGGAGACCCCUGUGAAAGGGUCGUUCGACCGCCAAAGGGGUCACGACCCACAGGUUGAGAACCCCUGGUCUAGAGACUUUUCCUUCUGGAAAUGAGGUGACCGCUGCUCUUGAAACUGGAUUUGAAGUAACUAAACCCUAAAUCUUCAUUUUUACCCCAGAUCUGGUUGAGGAUAAACCUCAGAAUUGUAAGGGCUGGCCUGAGCUGUUUAUUUCAAAAGGGUCUAUUCAGCUUAAAGCUAUUUUUCCUCAACGUGUUUUUUUUUUCUAUAUAGAAAGCUGAAAUUAAGUUUUGUAUUCAUUAGGAUUUACAUUCCCCCCACCCCCCAUUCCACCCUAAGGAAAAUUGUGGAAGAAAAUUUAGUACUUGGCUCUGAGGUUAGAAUAAUCUAUUUUGCAUAUGAAAGUUUGUAUUUAACUUUUUUGUUCAUUAAAAAAUUUACAGUGGUUAUGCAUUUUUAAUUUCAGAAAGUUUAGAAUUGGUCAAAACAUAUUUUGCAAGAUCUAGUGCCUAGUGUUGCUUUUUCAAUGUAAUAAAAGGUUGCCUGGCAGAACCUGAAAAGUAUAUGCUGAAAUGAUUUCUGACCCUUUCCCUACUAAACUCCCAAACUUUUCCUGGUACACAAAAGCAAGAGGUAAAACCAGAAAAUGCGGGCAUGUGUUAGCUAUGAAUGAACAUGUCUGCCCCUGGAGGGCCCGGGCUGCUGCUCAGAGGCGCGAGAUUGCAGCCAGUUUCCCUGAGACAUGUGAACGUCUAGGUGUGGGACCUGGGGCUUGUGAUGUGGAUUAAACUGCUGCAUCUACUUGAUGGGCAAACCAGAGGACGUGUGCUUAGGUGGUGAUUAAAGAAUGAGCCAGCUGUGCCACAUCUCCCUCAGACUCAGGCUGCACAGAACCCUUCCUGCAGCUUCGGUUCCUUCCCUGGGGCUGCUGGAGUGGGGCCAGUGAGCACUGGGAUCGAGCAUCUGGCACAGCCGAAAAAGAGAUUGCCUGGGUAGCAUUAUACUGAAAACCUGGUUCCCACUUAGCGCUAGUAAGUUCUCCUGGGAAUGUAGUACCUUGGUGAAUGUUUGUUCCAUGUGGGGUAAAUCCUGUCAGGAAUGGCAGUCUGUGUUCUGCCCAUAUAAGUGAGGCUGGGGGUUAAUGUAUUUGUAUUACAUUCUAAGCAUCUUACUGAGGGGCUUCAUAGAGCAGCUGUUUCCCAGGACAUAAGAGCAGAGUUAGAGAAUGGCGUUCUACAUAACCCAGACUUCCGGAAGUUAAUGUGAGAUACUCAGGCUUCUCUAGGCACUGACCAUGUCUGUCUUGAUGCAGAGAAAUUUGUUGGUAACAGAAUUUUUUUAUCUUAACAGUUUAUGAUAAAAGCAAUCAGGUGAUAAAAAGUUAAUGAUUUUAUCAACAUAUAUCAAUAGUGAAAUUACCAAUAUUAAAGUCAUUGAGAUGAUAUAUAUUUAUUAGAGCAGUUUGAGGGUCUGAAAAAAGGUAGAGUGAACCUUUUUUAGUAGGCAAUCUCCAAAAAAUUGAUUAAAGUAGAAAAAAUAAACCACUGUUGAUAAGCAGAUGUCUUUGUCAUGUUUGACCUUGUACCAGAGUUGGGAUGCAGAUGAGGGGAAAGGCUUGGGGCGUGUGGAAGAUGUCUGGAGGGCCCCAUAUUCUACCUCAGUUCCCUAGGCUGCUAGACUUCCUGUCUUUUCCUCCUCCGAACUGUGAAGCACAGCUUGCCCUGCCCAAUGGUCAUCGUUUGCCUGCAUGUUGAGUUGCUUGGUGCUGGGACCAAGGUGUGGGUGUGGGGAGAAUGUGUCCUUGGAGAUAUGUUGAACUUCUGAUACAAUAAAUAAACAAGGUAAUUUAAGUAAUAACAUUAGUACUGUAGUGCAGCUACAUUGUUUAAAUUGGCUUUUGUGAACUAAUUGAGAAUCUAAAUUCUUUAUGGUAGUUUGAGAAAAACUUUAAGGAACCAGUAUUUAAACUUUUGGUACUUGUUUUUAAGUUGGAGAUCUAGCUUACUAUGUUCCUUUGAUAAUUUUUUAAUUUAAAUUUACCAAAUAUAUACAAGGAAAGGGUUUGGGUGUUUGAAAUAGGUGUUCAUUUUAUCUAUUCCCCAAUAAAUUAAUCUCUUUAA